AUGAAAAAAUACAAGUAUAAGGAUGUUUCUGAGCAUGAGAACAUCACGGUUCUGGAACAGCUUUCCAUCAGGGAAAGCGAGGGUGGAAAAGUGGUGACUGAUCUGUUAAUGAAGGGAUUGCUUGCACCUCCUCCACCAUUGCCACCACCAAUACAGGGAUAUGCCUUUAAACCCCCUCCUCGACCAGAUUUUGGCACUUCUGGGAGAACAAUCAAACUGCAGGCCAACUUCUUUGAAAUGGACAUUCCUAAAAUAGAUAUCUACCAUUACGAAUUGGAUAUAAAGCCAGAAAAAUGCCCUAGAAGAGUUAACAGAGAAAUAGUGGAGCAUAUGGUUCAGCACUUUAAAACCCAGAUUUUUGGGGAUCGCAAACCAGUAUUUGAUGGAAGAAAAAACCUUUAUACAGCUAUGCCGCUUCCCAUUGGGAGAGAUAAAGUGGAGCUGGAGGUCACGCUGCCAGGAGAAGGAAAAGACAGAAUAUUUAAGGUGGCUAUAAAGUGGAUGUCCUGUGUGAGUUUGCAGGCUUUACAUGAUGCUCUUUCUGGUCGGCUGCCAAGUGUCCCGUUUGAAACCAUCCAGGCACUGGAUGUAGUGAUGAGGCACUUGCCUUCCAUGAGAUAUACUCCUGUGGGGCGAUCUUUUUUUACAGCAUCAGAAGGGUGCUCAAAUCCCUUGGGUGGUGGUAGAGAAGUUUGGUUUGGCUUCCAUCAAUCAGUCAGACCUUCAUUAUGGAAAAUGAUGUUAAAUAUUGAUGUAUCUGCAACCGCGUUUUACAAAGCACAGCCAGUUAUCGAGUUUGUAUGUGAAGUUUUGGACUUCAAAAGUAUUGAAGAACAACAAAAACCUCUGACAGAUUCCCAAAGGGUAAAGUUUACCAAAGAAAUAAAAGGUCUAAAGGUGGAGAUAACACACUGUGGACAAAUGAAAAGAAAGUACAGAGUGUGCAAUGUCACCAGACGACCAGCAAGUCACCAAAC